AUGUCAGAGAAUUUUCUACGAGACAUAGAAAAGAUUCAGACAUUGAGUUAUCACGAGGAGCGAAUUUGGUGCGUUUCUUUCAAUAAUGCAGGCACAGUAUUGGCAUCCUGUGGUGAGGACAAAUUGCUCUGUCUAUGGGUUCUUGAAGGUUCUAUUUGGAAAUAUGCAUUUUCAUCUAACGAAAAUCAUACGCGCACCAUUCGCUGUGUCUCUUGGUCACCGACUGACAGAUAUCUCGCGACUGCCAGUUUUGAUGGUGUCAUAGCUAUUUGUCGUGUUGAUGUUACUGACGGAGUCAUUGAUUUACAAACUGUUGCCGUUCUACAAGGGCACGUCAAUGAGGUUAAGUGUGUGGCCUGGUCUCGUUCUGGUUACCUUCUUGCCACCUGCGGUCGGGAUAAGAGCGUUUGGAUCUGGGAAUUCGAUGAUGAGGAAGAUGUUCAAUGCACCGGAGUUCUUCAACCUCAUGAUGCUGACGUUAAGUCAGUUUUCUGGCACCCCAUCAUAGAUCUCUUAGGCUCCACGAGUUAUGACAAUUCAAUCAAAUUGUACAAAGAGGAAUUGGAUGAUUGGGCUGUUGUGUGCAAAAUAACUGGUCAUGAAUCAACAGUUUGGAAAGCAGAAUUUUCACCAAAUGGGGAUUAUUUGGCUUCUGUAAGUGAGGACCGAACAAUCAAACUUUGGCAGGAGCUGCCCAUGGAAAAGUCAAUGCGAUGGAUAUGUCUCCGAACUCUAUCCGGUUAUCACUGUGGGCCUGUAUUUGAUCUCAGUUGGUCACCUUGUGGACGCUAUUUGGCUACUUGUGGGGGAGAUAAUGCGGUUUUUAUCUUUGGUCUGGAUUUCGGAUUAAAGUAUUCAAAUGAAGGAAGCUCAUCUGUGAGUGAGAGCCUUCGUGCUUGUUUAAAACAAGCUCACAAAGCGGAUGUAAACAGUAUUUCUUGGCGGUCGAAGCGGUGGGUAAUGAAAUCUGUUGACCGGGCUCCUAGUUAUCUCCUUGUCACGGGCGGGGAUGAUCGAGAGAUCAAUCUUUGGAGUGUUCCCUUAGUCCCUGACACGUCUCCUGAGGAAAUUGUUGGGUCACUCUCAGAUGAAAAUAUAAAUGACGUCGACUGA